AUGCCGAUUCCGAUCUUACUCGGAACGUUCGUGGCAUUGCUGUUCUUCACCGGGCUGACGGUCUUCCUGGCCGAUCAACACCUUGGUGAGAUCGAUAUUUGGAUUGCCCUUGCGAUCGCCACCAUCAAGGCUGGCCUCGUCGCGACCUACUUCAUGCACUUGCGGUACGACAAACCGAUCAACGUGUUGUUCUUCCUGUUCUGCCUCGGAUUCGUGGCCCUGUUCUUCAGCAUUACAUUGCUCGACUCGGAACAGUAUCAGCCGCAGAUCAAGGAGUUCUACGAAAACACCACGGUAGUCACCGCAACCGAAACGUCUUCUUUCUCAUCGGUCACCAUGCGUCGCGAUGAAUAUCAGGCCAAAUUCGGCUUUGCUUUAUUCAUCGCCUCGCUGACGAUGUUCUUUCUCGCAAGCAUCGCCGCUUAUGGAAUAAUCCGAUUUGCUUCGGAUGCUCCGGCAAUCUCGAUUGGCUCGUUUCCGCCGAGCUUGAUUGUCAGUACGCUCAGCAUGUUUGGUGUUGGCUUCGCGAUGCAUAUGGCGGUUGCCAAUGUUCGGCGAGAACGCCAGGUUCCCUUUCGACGCUGGCUUUACGCCGCGACAGGCAUUGCGGUGAUCUUCCUGGUCUUCCAGUCGCUCGGUCUGCAUGCCCUGUUAGAGAUGCAUCGCGACGCGCUCAACGAUGGA